AUGACGGAUGACAGGAGAACUAUGCUGCACAUCCUUGAAGAGCCUCAGAUGCAAAGAGAAGAGGAGAGACUUCAGACUUUUCAGAACUGGCCAACAGAUGCACCUGUCACAUCUGGAGAGUUGGCCAAAGCAGGCUUCUUCUUUCUAGGCCCCGGUGAUAAAGUCCAGUGUUUCUGCUGCAGAGGGAUUUUAAGAUGUUGGGUGCAUGGAGACAGCCCAGCAGCUGAGCACAAGAGACAUUUCCCUACUUGUAGGUUCAUACUUGGUCAAACUGUGAGGAAUAUUCCUCUCCAAGCUGGAUCCUCAGACUCUGUGGAUGGCCAGCUGUUAAGCCAGCUCCAGAGAAUGACUAUGGAUGAACAGGAGACAGUUGGACAAGCGGCAUACCCAGAGAUGGAGGUGGAGGAUUCCCGGCUUGCCACUUUCCACAGUUGGCCCACUGAGGCCUCAAUCCAGCCAGAUGUUCUUGCCAGAGCAGGAUUUUUCUACACAGGUCAUGGUGACAAUGUCAAAUGCUUCUACUGUGAUGGAGGACUGCAAAACUGGGAGCCAGGGGAUGACCCCUGGCAGGAACAUGCCAAGUGGUUUCCACGGUGUGAGUUUUUAAUCCAGUCAAGAGGGCAGGAUUAUAUCAGCAACAUACGGGAUACUCACUUCCAUCUGGGUGAGACUAUGGGCGGAUCACAGACCUCCACAGGCAGAGAUGUUGGCUCCAGAAGUGGAUUGCGAUAUACAGAAGAGGUCUGUGGUUUGAAACAUAUUAACAAAGAUAUGGUUGGAGGUCUGGGAGCUUCCCCAGCCAUGCUUUCUCCUGUGGUGCAGACUGUGCUUCAGAUGGGCUUUGAGGCCAGCGUGGUGGAGAGUCUUGUCCAGACCAAGUAUCUUUUGACAGGCCAGCACUACACUUCUGUGUCUGACCUUGUUGCUGAUGUACUGCAUGCAGAAGAAGAGGACAGGCAGAGGGAGCCACAGUACGGAGAUCUAGAGAUGAUGCAGGGCUCCUGCACUGGAAAUGUGAGGACACAAACACCCGCCAGAGAGAGAGCAGUGAAGGACCCCAGUCCAGAAGAUCUGCUGAGGCAGUUGCAGGAGGAGAGGACCUGUAAGGUGUGCAUGGAUAAGCUGGUAUCCAUUGUCUUCAUCCCCUGUGGUCAUCUGGUGGUGUGUGGUGAUUGUGCUGCCAGCCUGCGUCACUGCCCCAUCUGCAGAGCUGUCAUCAGAGGCAGUGUUCGCACUUUCAUGUCCUAA